AUCCAUCGGAUGCCUUGUUCAUUGCUCGAGGUUCGGACCCGGUGACAAUAUGCAGGGUUUUACUGCCUGAGUGAUCCCAUAGUUGGCGAUCCGCCAACUUCUGCAAAGGACUCCAGGGAGCACGAAAUAGCAGGGCGCGGUACCACUUUAAACCCAAUAAAAGAAAACUGGAGCUCUUGUCCUUCCCAUUAGCCGACUCGAACGACUGACCUCGUCAUAACUAAUACUAGUGACGCGCUCUACCAGCUGAGCUAAAGGGAUUGAACACAGAACCACCUCGCUUUAAAAAUCAUUAAUUCUUGCGCUCACAACUUCAAACUUUGGAAGGUCACGGUUUAGCUGGAUUGAAUCCAGGAUUCUCUCAAUAUUCGAGUAGCCGCAGAUUUAGAGAAGAACCGUGCUGCUACGUAUUUACAUGCCAAACUGGAGCGCAGGGCUUGGCAAAUCUUAUCUUAUCAGAUAAAUCGAUCACAAGCCCGACUUCAUUGCGGCUUCAUCGUUCACCAACUUGAAGUUCAUGUACAAACGCAGCGGCGAUGAUCCUUCGGAAUGCCGCCAUCCUCUUCUCAAACUUUAGGCAGGACGCAGUCCUGGGUGUCUUCUUCUAGGCUUUCGCUCUCCAACCAAUUUGGGUAGCUUCCUCGAUUGAAGAUCAGAUUGAUAGCUUACAGAACGCCGGGGAGAAUGCUAUAAAAAUACACGGGUUAGUGAGCAUGAGGCGUUGUCGCUCGCAACCCUUUCUUCCACACAAUCGCCUGUACUUUUACGAUAGUUGAAGCGAGCAUCAUGGCUGCCAGCGCUUUGACAUUCCAAUCUACGGUCAAACUGCUAUCUGGGUAUGAGAUUCCUCGACUCGGCUUUGGAGUAGCCUAUGGAUUCGGGAAGGAAGAAGAUCCUCUCGAAUUGACCAAGCCCGGCGUUCUCGAAGCUCUGAAAGUCGGAUAUCGUCACAUCGAUUCCGCUCAGUUAUACCGAAACGAGCGUGAAGUCGGCGAAGCUGUCCGUGAGAGCGGACUGAAGCGCGAGGAUGUGUUUGUUACUUCAAAGGUUCCCGAUGAGGGCGAACCGCUUGCUAGUGUUGAUGCUUCCUUGAAGGCACUGGGAUUUGGUAAGCUUAAUGUCUUAUCUUACUACUUUAUGGACACGUUGAAGACGAGAUACCCAGAUUAUAUCGAUCUCUACCUCAUUCAUAGCCCUCCUGCUGGCAAGGAGAACCGACUGACCAAGUAUAAAGCUUUGCUUGAGGCCAAGAGGCAAGGAAAGGUUCGCACCGUCGGUGUAUCGAACUACAAUAUUCAUCACAUUGAGGAAAUCAGGGAAGCUGGCCUUGAAUUGCCUUCGGUGAAUCAAGUCGAGCUUCACCCCUUUUGCCAACAACGCCCCAUCAUCGAGUACUGCAACAAACAUAAUAUCGCAGUCGAGGCCUACUGCCCAGUCAUCCGGGGAAAGCUAGACGAUCCAGUGAUAGUAGACAUUGCGAAGAAGCAUGGCAAGGAGCCGGCACAAGUCUUGCUUCGAUGGUCCCUUCAGCACGACCUCAUUCCCCUCGUUCGUUCUUCGAACCCAGCCCGUAUCCUCUCAAAUACCCAGAUCUACGAUUUCGCGUUGGAUGAAGAUGACGUGAAGCGCCUGGACGCCUUGGAUCGUGGGGCCGAGGGAGCGAUCAGCUGGAACCCAAUCGAUGUUGUUUGAAUGGGUAAAGUGGCACACGGGUAGAGGUUAAGCAUUCGCGAUUGCGAAGCCGGAUAUGUUGGCAGCCCGUCUUUGUACGAUGUAUUCCGUAAUACUUUUCAACAGGUAUGAUUUGUUGAAUGAACGUUUUCCAUCCAAAAACGUGAGCACAAGAUAUCGCUUGAGCACUUGCAAAGUUCCCUUUUUGUGCAGUAAAGGAUGCCUCAAGUU